GGAGACCUGCGGACGCCGAGCAGGUCGUCAUGGCCUCUACUGCAGACUCGCUGUGGGAGGACAGGGAUGUCCGCUUCGACAUCUCCUCGCAACAAAUGAAAAUGAGGGCAGGAGAAAUUCUCAUUGACUGUUUGGAUUCCAUUGAAGAUACCAAAGGAAACAAUGGAGACAAAGGCAGACUCUUGGUAACAAAUUUACGGAUUAUUUGGCACUCAAUCGCACUGCCUAGGGUCAACCUCUCUGUUGGUUACAAUUGCUUCGUGAAUAUAACAACAAGAACUGCAAACUCAAAAUUAAGAGGCCAGACAGAAGCACUUUAUAUAUUAACCAAAUGUGGCAGUACACGUUUUGAAUUCAUAUUUACAAAUGUUGUUCCUGGGAGUCCCAGACUUUUUACCUCAGUUAUUGCUGUGCACAGAGCAUAUGAAACAUCAAAAAUGUAUCGUGAUCUUAAACUGAGAUGUGCAUUAAUUCAAAACAAGCGGUUAAGAUUGUUACCAAAGGAAGAAGUAUAUGACAAAAUAAAUGGUGUCUGGAAUUUAUCUAGUGAUCAGGGAAAUCUGGGUACUUUUUUCAUUACAAAUGUGAGAAUAGUUUGGCACGCUAAUAUGAACGAUAGCUUUAAUGUCAGCAUACCAUACCUACAGAUUCGCUCAGUAAAAAUCAGAGACUCAAAAUUUGGCUUGGCACUUGUCAUUGAAAGCUCUCAGGCGACUGGAGGGUAUGUCCUUGGAUUUAAGAUUGACCCAGCUGAAAAACUGCAGGACGCAGCAAAGGAAAUAAAUUCACUGCAUAAAGUCUAUUCUGUUAAUCCUAUAUUUGGAGUAGAUUAUGACAUGGAAGAAAAGCCUCAACGGCUAGAAGACCUGACAGUGGAACAGGUACAGGAUGAUGUAGAGAUAGAGUCAGAUGAGCAGACAGAUGCCUUUGUGGCUUAUUUUGCUGAUGGUAACAAGCAACAUGAUCGUGAACCAGUUUUUUCUGAAGAGCUAGGACUUGCAAUAGAGAAACUGAAAGAAGGAUUCACUCUGCAAGGACUCUGGGGAGUAAUGGGUUGACAAUAAUCUUAACAAUAUGUAUAGUCUGUAAAAGUCAUACCUCAGAACUUUUCAUGACGUUUCUACUGCUAACUGCUUUACAGAGAUUAUUAAUAUAUAUAAUAUAUGAAAAGAAAUUAUGUACAGUGUAUAGUUGUUACAUUAUGAGAAGAUAUAUUUAUAAUAUAUAUUUAUGCAGUGUAUUGUUUAUGUAUUUGUAUAUAGUGCUUAUGUGUUCUUACAUUUUAAAUUAGUUGCUUAAUUAGGACAUGUGAGUUGUUCUGUUAAUUACUGUAAAUAAAAAUAUUUAAGAAAAUAAAAUGUGAGAAUCUGUAGUUCUAAACAAUCACUGUCACUGUGGUACAAAGAAUAUCUUGGAAAGUAUCAUCCAACUGAUUUAUAGAGCAAUCCUAAGCAGCUUUACUCUAGUCUAAGCCUGUUGGAAUCAGUGAGCUUAAACUGGAGUAACUGUGCUUAGAAUUGCAUCACUAAUCACUAAAUCUUAUUCUUAGCUCAUUCCAGUGAGGUACAAGACAUCAUCUUGGAAGCAUGCUGGCAGAAGAUGUCAACCUCCAUGCUCAUUUUGCUUUAAUGAAAUCUGUUAGGUCGACAGCUUUUGGAUGUUGUUGUUAACCACCUUUUUAUCUGUUCAUGCUAUUUAUUUUCCUGCUAUGUUUACCAAUUAGGUUAAACUUAAAGCUGUUUUGACCAUAUUUGCUGAUUCUUCUUUGCCAGUAAUGACAUACCUACCAUCUUGUAUCCCCUGAAGUAGAUAGUAACUAAAGUAUAUGUUGCAUUUUGGUUAUUGCUAUCUUCUUUUACAGUGUCUCAAUGCAUUCACAAAACAUGUAAUAUAUUAAC